AUGGCUAAACCUACCUACCCUCGCAUCGCAGUCAUCGGCGGAGGUCCCGGCGGCCUCGUCCUUGCCCUCACUCUCUACCGGCACGGAAUACCCUCCACCGUCUACGAGCGCGACACGAGCUUUGACUCUCGCGCCCACAUUGGAGGCAUGCUGGAUCUCAAAUAUGAGAGCGGCCAGCGCGCACUACGCGAGAACGGUCUCGAGGAGACCUUUGCGUGCAACUCUCGCCCCGAGGCGGCCGCCAUGCGCGGGUAUGACUCUGCGGGUAACGUCCUUUUCGCCCAGGACCCCGACCCCAACCAUGAUCCGAAGGAUAUCAGCCCUGAGAUCGACCGCUCCGUGCUGCGGAAGAUCCUCGUGGACGCGAUCCCCGCCGACGCGGUCAAAUGGGGCCACGCUCUGGCAUCUGUGCGCGACCUCGGCAACGGGGAGCGCGAGCUGACGUUCGCGAACGGCAACACCACCGUGGUCGACAUCCUCGACGGAGCCGACGGCGCCAAUUCGCGCGUCCGUCCGCUCGUCUCUGCUGCCGUACCGACGUACACAGGGGUCACCGGGGCCGAAAUCUCCAUCGCACCCGAGGACACCAAGAAGCCAGAGCUGCAGGACGCUGUCGAGCUCGUCGGCCGCGGUAGCAUGUUCUCCUGGGGCCCAGAGAAGAUGUUCGGUUCGCAGCUCAACGGCGACGGCCUCAUCCGGACCUACGCCUGGUUCCCUGCGCCCGCCGACUGGAAGCUCCCGGACGAGCCUGCGGAGGUGCGCAAGGUCCUGCUCGAAUUGUUCAAGGACUGGGCGCCGAGCUUUCGCAAGCUCAUCGAGUACUGCGACGACAAUACGACCUACCAACGCCCCCUGUAUCGCUUGCCGCUUGACCACAAGUGGGAGCACGUCCCUGGGGUCACGAUCCUCGGGGACGCGGCACACCUUGCGAGCCCCGGAAGGAGCGUAGAAGAACGGGAGGAGGCUAUAGCGGCAUGGGAAGAGGAGAGGAUGACGGUGGCGAACCGCAUCGCAGUCAUCUCGGAUGAGAACCUCCAGGCUUGCGUCAGCCCAGACGCUCCCGCCUCCGUUCUGAAGGCGAUGGCGAAGUUCACAAAGGAGCAGAAGGAGAGGCAGACUGCUUGA